GGUAGAUAACCAAGCGUCACAGGACACGUCUUUGUUGUUGCCCCCGGGAGCUGGGCGCUGCUGCCUUGAGCAACCUCUUCGAAUGCGCCCGUUUUAGCUCAAUCAUUGCAUAAAAUGCGGCUGAUGUAGGACUGCCGCUAAUAAGGGUCCUGACUUCCAAAGUCAAUUCUCACGAUGCACCAUAACGCGGCCGAGUUUCGGCAGUCGAUAGAGGCGAGUCUGCCGCCUCUAACACAAUACAGCGUACAAACAGGCGCUCCGGGUGCUUACGGAGCCUAUGGAUGGGGCCACUUCCUCGCAGCCGGGCAUGCUGAAGGUCGCGGAGGCGGGGUCGGAGACAGCGUACACGUUUCACUGGACGCAUCUGUGAGAGCGUCUCACGAUCAUGCAGUGGACCUGAGCGCGUCCCUGAGAAACUCAUUCACGCGUUACCACCAGAAUCAGCAAUACCACCCGACUGCGGAGUCAGGGAGCUUGCGGGACUCGUUCCAAGUCAGCGCUCGUGAACAGCGUGGGCCUGUGAUGGCCGCGUCUGCGCCCAGCGCCUCGCGCUUCGUCACAGCGCAGUCUGAGUACCACACGUCGCUUCCGUCACUUGCUCUUCCACCGGAGCCGGUUGCCGCAGCCCAGCCCGCGGGCAAGCCCCCGACAGCGCCCGUCGUUCCCCCGCUAGGCGUGGGAGGCGAUGCAUGUGUAGUGGUGCAAACCGUCGCGCCGCCAACCAACAUGUACCCCGGUAUUCCGGCCGCGGGGCAAGCCCAGGCCGGAGGACCGCAGGGAGGGCGCGAGGACGGCAGUGGUAGGUUCGGGGUGCCGCCGGCAGGCGGGGCAGCACAUGCGGGCGUGCGCUUCAAUGAGAGCGUGACGUACCAACAAUACCGGCAGCAGCAGGAGGCGCAGCAGCCACAACAGCAGCAACAGCAGCACCCGCAGGCGUUCCAGCAACGACCGCACCAGCAGCCCUACCAGCAGGCCGCGCCGGUGUACAAUGGAAACGGGGUGGUCCAGGGCAAGGUGGUGCACAUGCGGCGAACGGAGGCAUGGACCAAGUACAUCGCGUACGAGGGCUGUCUUCAGGUGUGCAUUACGGAGCUGGAACGGAGUGCGGGCAACCCGAACGCUGCACACUUCCUUGCGGGCGCCUUUGCGACGCUGCGGAGAGACCUGGGGAUAGACGGGCUCUUGCUCACGCAGGUUGCUGGUAUGCCCGCCGCUGUGGCCGCUGCGGGCGGCGACGGCGGUAUCAACGACAUCUGCUGGGACGACAUGGAGCCGGCGGAAAAGCGGCUCAACACGGUGGCGUUUGCCAACACUGCAUCCACCUCCUACAUGCGCGUCAGAUGCGCCCGGCUGAGCCUGCCCAGCGUCAGCGUGCUGCAGAAGCUGUGCUGCCGCACGCGGACGCACAUGGUGCUGCCGCGGCUGUCGGGCGUGACGGUGCACCUGGGCGCCAACGACAACAGCGCGGACCCGGCCUUCUUCUCACUGGACAGCCAGGGAACCGGCGUGCAGCAAGGGCAGGCGCUGGUGCUGCCGCUGGAGGUGCAGCAGCAGGCGGGCCAGCCGCCGCCGCCGCCGCCCCAGAGCAUGCUGGUGCACGUGGAGAACGAGGAUGGGGUGACAGUCGCCACCGGCUCACUGUCUUACCGGGAGCUGUGGCGGCUGGCCAUGCAGCAGAAGGACCCUGUGGACGAGUCGCGCGCCUCGUCUAUGAACGCCGGCGUGGCGGUGGACGUGCAGGUCAUGGGCGCCGGGCCGUACGAAGGCAAGGUGGCGUUCGUGACGGUGGUGGUGACGCGGGUGAAGAAGGAGCUGGGGGGCUACGAGCUGGCGCACGUGGCGCCGGACGGCACGGGCGUGGAGACGGUCAACAAGAACACGCUGCGCACCAACGCGUGCCUCGCCUACGACACCUCGCUGGCGGCCGCGCUGGAGGCCACCGGCUGCGGGCGGCACAAGCUGGAGGUGGAGGGUCCGUGGGACUGGCUGCUGCGCGAGUUUGCGGCGUACUUCGGCGUGCGCUCCUACUAUUGCAUCCUGGCCCACCUGCGGUGGGUGCUCAAGCCAGGUGUAGCCACCAUCAGCAGCAUGUGCCUGGACGUGAUCGCGCGCGAGCUCAAGCCGCUGCUGGAGCAGUCGCUGCUGCGCGGCCUCACCACGCACGAGGCCACGCUGCUGGAGGGCGUAAAGAAGGCGGUGGAGAUGCUGCUGGAGGUGGCGUUUGAGAACUACUACGCGCUGGGAGACGACCAGCCGUCGCGGGAGGGGGGAGACACGCCGCGCGGCGCCACCGGCGCACCCGCGUGGCGGCCUACCGUGCUCAUGGCGAGCUUCCGGCUGUUCCGCGUCAUGAAGGACGUGUUUCUGCCGUCUGACCAGGACUGGCUCAACACGCGCUUCCGCAUCGCCGCCAAGAAGCGCUGGCACUUCCUGGAGUGCAACUGCGGCUAUGACCAAAUGCGUGGCAUGGGCAGCGCGCAGCAGCAGCCACGGCCUGCCGGCCCCACCAAGCUGGGCUAUAACGUCAACCAGUUCGACAGCUACUACAAGAUGGCGGAAAAGAUGGGCAUGGCCAUCCGCAGCGACCUGGAGUUCGACAUGUUCCUGCAGAAGCAGCCGGACCUGCUGCCCAGCACGCUCAACCUGCCGCGCAUCACGGCGGAGGAAUACAUGGCCAACUUCGUGGAGAUCCUGCGCAACAUGCUGCACCGGGGGCCGCCGCAGGUGCCCUCCGUGGCGGCGGUGGACCUGCUGGUCGCCACCGCGCAGCUGCAGCGAUACCUGCAGGAGACGCAGCUGUACAUGCCGCGCCAGCACCCAGGCCACCUGGACGCCAUGGAGCUGUGGAAGCCGCACGUGAUGUUCUGGAUUGAAAACAGCCGCCGCGGGCUCAAUGGCCACUGCGGCAAGCUUGAGGCGGAGGCCAAGCUCACGGCCGCGCACCUGGCGCGGGUGGACGUGGCGAAAAUGCCGGGCAUGAUUGAGGGCAUUGAGGGAGCCGUGGCGCCGCUGGUGCACGACAUGCUGGACCGCACGUGGUCGGAGCUGAUGCUGUACGAGCGGGUGGUCAAGAAUUGGCCGCUGUUCGGGCCGCACCUGGAGGCGGCGCUGUGCGACGUGCUGCGCACCGUGCAGGGCUCGCUCAACCGCAUCUGCGCCGGCGCCAGCAACACCGCCAUGACGCAGCAGCCGGGCAUGCCGCUAGGCGCCGGCAACUCGCCGCACAUGGCACGAGGCCACCAGCGUGUGCCGUCCGGCUCCCCGGGCAUGAUGGGACCGCCGGGCUCGGGCGGGCACGGCCGCAACACGUCUACCCUGGGCUACCAGCCCGGGCCUGGCGGCAGCCCGGGGCCGCUGGGGCCCAUGGCCAGCAUGCGCAGCCCGGGCGUACCCAUGGUGCCGCAGCACGGCAUGGGCGGCAUGGGCGGUGCGGGUGCGGCGCCGGGCGGCCGAAACGUGGUGCUGCUCAAGGAGGCGGUGCUGCUCAACUCGCUCAAGGUGCUGAUGGUGAUGGUGCCGUCCAUCGAGGACAUCAUCUCCAAGUGGUGUGGCGGCCAGUCCUGUGCGCCACCCGGGCCGCCGCAGCCCAACGCGCCCGACCCCGACUUCGACGACGACAUGGCGCCGCACAUCGGAGCGCAGUUCGCGCAGGUGGUCAAGGAGCUGCGCACGGACUAUGCAGAGGGCGUGGCUUCAUGCUCCAACCGCAUGGCCAACCACAUCCGCGCCACGCCCGUCACCAACAUCAAGACGGCGCUCAACCAGCCCAAGCCGCCCGCUGACCCACACGGCGGCUACCAGCAGGUGUCUACGCUCACACACCAGCGCGACUUCGUGGAGGCCUUCAUGCGGCCCAUCCUGGCCGCGUGCGACGAGGCGCUGCAGGCGCUGCGCGCCGCGCUGGACCCGCGUGUGUUUGUGGCGACCGGCCGCGCGCUGUGGGACUGCAUGGGCAAGGACCUGUUCGAGUUCGUGCACUUCUUGCAGGAGAGCCACGACAACAAGGGCGCCUGGCGGCUGCGGCAGCACGCCAACCUGGCGCUCACGCACCUGUGCGAGUUUUUCCGCUCGCGGCUGGCUGCGUCUAUGGAGCACUGCAUCGGCGAGCGCGACCUGGACCUGCCCAUCAACGUGGACAAGGCGCAGAAGCUGCUGGCGCAGAACACCGCCGUCGUCAACAUCACUCUGAACCCCAUCUAGUCAUACAGCGCGGCCGGGGGGGGGGCGGUGCGGUGGCAAUGGCACCUGGGGCGUUUGUAGCGUAGGGAAGGAUGGCUGUGGUGGCCCGGGGAGUGGCGUGGGGUUGGGGAAUGAUUGUGGGUUCGUGGCGUAGGCAGCGGUUCGCAGCGCCGGCGUGGUGCUGGCUCAAGGCAGUGCAGUGAAGUAGGGUGAGUUGUCGGCUGACCAGAUACCAGGAACUGUAGCUUUCCGCAGCUGAUUCAAUUAGGUAGGCACUUUCGAUGACGCAUGAGGCUGCAACUGUUUUGGACACGGGUAUGGACGAACGGACAAUCACGCUGUGGUGUGAGAAUGGAUCCACUGUUCUCCGGAUUUCGCCUCCUUGCCCACCGAACUGCCACCCAACCGCUCCACCCAAUAGCUCAAGCACUAGCACACAUCAUGAGCGCACAUAAGCAGGCACAUACUAAAGCGUAUGCAGGCGUUCGGCCUCUGGAAUUCGACAUGCUGCCGCCGACACCACUAAAGCUGGAGACCGCGUCACAUGAUCCCGGGCUACAAAUGCAUUAUGAUGAUUAUCCCAAGUGCAACUCGAUCAAUCUCUUCCGGCGCACAGUCCUGAAUAUCAUAUGGACAAGUGCAGAUGCAAGCUUCUGGGCACGUCCCGGUGGUUCAACGAUAGGGUUACUGGUGGUCGGCCCUGGGUACAUGGGCAUGCCUGCGAGUCAAGACGUGCCUCCAGGUGGACUGGAUUUGAACGAUUGAAAGCUUAGCC